AUGGCAGCUGAAGCCAUGUACAUACGCAGCAAGCAGGCAGAGCCAUGGCUCGACGAGACGCACAAGAGUUUACGGAGGCCGGCCGUAACAGGCGGCCGUGAAGGACAGCGGCUGCACCAGCACUUGCACCAGCACUUGCACUUGCACUUGGACGGGGUGGACUACUUACUCCUAGACGCCGUUGGCGGAGCUGGCGAAGGGGAAAAAGUGAAGCCUACGACUGGGCUUACUGUCGAGCAUGUGGUGUUGCAACAUGACACGGAUUCCAGAAGCUUUCCUUGGGCGUCCAGAUGGAGAGAGGAGCGCAGCGGCUUUGAUACCCUUUUCGGGGCUGCCGGGGGGGUGCAAGGGAUGGGUGAAGGCUUCUGCGCUUGUCAAGGGCUCCGGCGGCUGCUGAAGCAGGAAGAGGCUGCAUGCCAUCUUGGGCCGUGGGCAGCCAUGGCACGACCCGAAGCACCUCAUGACGCUGGCACUGACGAUGCUUCUGCUGCUGCUGCUUCUGCUGCUGCUGCUGCUGCUGGCAAUGCGGCCAUGACCGGGCGGUGA